CAGACGAUCAGAGUGAAGACGCCACCGUCAGCAGUCCAUAAUAUGCGUAAAAACAUCAAGAGCAGCCAAGAAGUUAUCUGAUGAGGUAAAUCUGACAGAAGCUGAAAACACUUUCUUGUGAUCAACAGAAAGUCACCAUGAUGGAUUGGCGUGAACUCUGGAUGGUGACUUUUGAGCAGACACCUCCCACCUAUCACCUGCACCCUAUACUUGGCUCUCUCCUCUACUACACGGCUACUUUCCUCAUCGCCAGUUCGUUAAGGCGAUUAAACAAGGCUGCGAGUCCACGCCGUCUGCAGGAAUUCAUCGCUGAUUUUAUUUCGACAUUUCAAACGUGUGCCGUCAGCUUUGAGAACGGGAACUCACUGCGUCUGUAUGGCUGGUUGGGCCUGUAUCUUGUGAUAUUCACUUUGAUGAUGUGCUACGCCAGGAUAUUUACAGACUCCUGUGCAAACCCUGUGGGGAACGCAAAGAAAUAUUUUCAGCAUCGGCAGUCUCUGAUGAAAACCCUUCUUAAGCUUGUCUUACAAGCAUUUUCUGGGUACUGUGCCUUUCAGUAUGUGAAACACUUCUGGUCCCUUGACUUUCAUGAAUAUCACUCCAUACGGCUGCAGCAAAAGCAGUGCUAUACUUACCUGUCUGUUUCGGUGUUACUAGGCUUUCUUAUUGAAGGUGGGGCAACAAUGACAGAUGUUGUAUUACAAUCCCAUCGUUUUGUACCUUGGAAAGGUCUGAACAACGUCCUGACAUGCAGUUUGUUGACAGGACUAAUUGUGUCAGGCCUGAGUCUGACGGGGAUGUUCUUCCACCCAGCCAUGGCGUCCUCCCAGAACUUUGGCUGUAAGGGUACUACCCGCUGGGAACACAUCGUGGUCUACUGGCUGGGGCCAUUUGUUGGCUGUUUCCUGGGCGUUAAACUUAACAGCCUCAUCAAGAAAGCCACAGAAAUCCCUGGCUCUACACGUAAGUCCAAAAUAGUGGGCCACAAGCAGGAAAAAAGAGAGAGCAGCCGUAAAAUGAACGGCACAGGUACAUGCAAUAGUUCUAUAGACAGUCACCGCAAGUCUAAAGGCCAGACAGCGGUGAGGAAAAGAGUGGCAAACAGUAACAGUGUUACACAGAUGAGAAGUACCAGCAUUAAGCGAAACGAGUGAAGUCCUGACAUGGUACUAAAAUCAACCACAGUCCUUUCCAUUUUUGGUGAUUUGUAAUUUGACAAAGGUGACAAAGAAAACCUAUCUCAUUUGUCAUUCUUAUUGGCAGUGUUAUCCAUGAAUUGCUGAUCUCCUAUACUGAUUAAGAUGAUAACCUUAAGACUUUAGUAUACUUGGUGCCAACUUGGUUCCGCAGAGUAACCAUGGUAACUUUCAUUGUCAGUGAAUUAUUAAAGCAGGUAACAAACUGUAUAUUUGUUUGUUUACACACAGUGUACAUGUACUACUAAUUUGUGUUCAAUCUGAUAUAUGAAGACUAAAUUUUGUAUUAAAGAGUAAGUUAAUGAUGAAUUCUACUAUUUUUUAUCCGUAUUAACACAUAUAUGUACAUAUAUAUAUAUGUAUUGGUUUUCUUCAUUACCGUGUGUUUAUAUACACGUGUAUAUACAGGCUUGUAUGAUUCAUGGCUGCACACAUUUACACAGAGUCACGUGCAUAUGAUGUGAUGUGGUUAAAUCUCAGGAAUAUCUGUUAAUUACACGUAUAUUUUGGUCUGGUUUGUCAGUCUUGUCUUCCAUAUAACAGACACUAAGUGAGGGUGUAUAUUGAGUUGUUGUCGUUGGAUGUUACUAUACUAUAACCUUGUUACACAUAUGAGUUUACUCAUGCUGAUUUUUAGCCAGGAUAUCAGUGACUUGUUAUAAUACAGUCAGAGAAAAUCAUUAUUUACGUAUUUGCCAGGUUUUUCUUUUCUGCCAAAACAGCAGCUGUACAUAAAAAAAAUCUGAUCAGUUUGUAAAGAUUUUUUUUAUCUUGGCCAAAGAAAAAGAUAUCAAAAUAUACAAAAAAACAAAAAAAAAAUAACAAUUGCAAUGAAAGCUGUGUAGUACAGCCUUGUUUUGGAGGUUGGUCCGGUUACGCCUAAUAAACAUAUUUUUGUUGAUGGCCCAAUUUUAAUCUCAUUAUUUACAACAAAUUUAAUUCAUAUACUUUAUGUAUGGCAUGCUCAAUAUAUAUUAAUUUACAGAUGUUAUAUAACUUGUGCUGAGAUUUUUAUCAUGCUGAUUUGAAUGGGAUUUCGCAUUAUUCAUGUUACGCGGUCAGUGAUUAUUUCCCAAAGGAUUGUUCUCAUGUUCACGUAUCGCCGUCCAAAUGGUUACAUGCAUAUCUUUGACUACUGUAUCAUGUGUAAGCGAAGGAUACCAUGAAGAGGAGGUGUUUUAAUAAUGUUUGGUGAGGAAUUUUUACAGGACAAAACUGGUCUUAAUUUAGCCUACUCAUCACAUAUAAAUAUGUAGCAUAUCUGCCCUCCGCAAAAAAUGGGGUUUAAAUUAUUACUGUGAACAGCCUUCUUCAUGUAUUAAUACAAAUCUGUGGUGGAAUCAAAAUUUUUUUGGGGGCAAUCCUAGUUUUUCAGCAUUCUUUCCAGUGUUAAGGUUUACUCAUAUAUCAAAGAACUACUGGGUGGAGGGAUAAAUUCACGUGUACAAGACUGCAUCUUGGAAAGCUUCAGGGCUCUUAUUAUGGACUAAUGUUAUACACAGGACAGCAUUUUUUCAUUGAAUUUUAUGUACUGCAAUUCUUAAGCCUUUUAACGUGUUUGCAGGUGUUUGUCCAAGCAUAUUCUGAAGGCAUAGUUCUGUUUGGACUGAUAAAUUUAUACUUUUUGCGAAAAGCUGAAGCUAAUACAACUAAAUCAAGUUAAAGAUGUGCAGAAAUGGCAUUGAAAGUUGUUCUCUCGUUUGCAAAAUGGUUGAGGAAUUAGGGAUAGUACGUACUUUUGGGAUUUUCACUGAAAUAGGGCAAAUUAAUCUGUAUUCAUUUGUGUGCAAGGUUUUUGGGAUUUUCACUGAAAUAGGGCAAAUUAAUCUGUAUUCAUUUGUGUGCAAGGUUUUUCCGUCAUGAAUGCGAUUUCGAUUCACAGAUAUGAAAUCCAUCUUGUAUCUACUUUUGUAUAUCAUGCAUAAGUUAAACUUAUUUUAAAAGCUCUUGCCUUGAACAGAAUAUUGAUGUAUUGCACCCCUGAACACCUGUGUAAGUCAGCAUCUAUAGCUUUCACAUUUGGAUGAUCCAGUUGGGACACUGUCUCUGACUGAUAACAUUUUAAUUUAUUUAUUCAUGAAGCAAAAAGCUUAAAAUCUGAUUGUGACCAAAACGUUGGCUAAAUGAUUUUGGAAUGUGAACAUGACGAACCCGAACGAAGCGUAAGGUUAACUGUUAAGAUUUUUAAUUAUCAUACCUAUAUAUAGAUAUAUAAUUUAGUGAAAUUGUGUACAUUUGAUGUGCGUAUGGAGGUCGUUGGUCUCCUGUGGGCCCUCCCGUGCUCUAAGCUGGCUGCCGUUGUGUAAGUGAAAUAUCCUUUAGUAAGUGCGGCGUAUAACAGCAAUCGAAUGAAUGUAAAUAAAUAUACAUGUAUGUAAAUGUACAUACACGAUGCAGUAGGGUAGGAUGUUAAGUUUAACUGUUAAAAAUGGAUCAAAGAAAAAAAAAAGCUGUUUAUGAGCUAACUGCCUCCAUUGUUUAUCUUGAAUCCAUUUUCACCCACUGGGACAUGUAACAAGGCUGUCGGGCGUGUAUUCGUGUUAAGAUUGGAUAAGACGACAUUUACGUUAAGAACUAAGAGACUGAUGGUGGGCCUAAGGCAGCUACCUUUAAUAUUUGAGUGCCCUAUUAGGUACUAUAAUGUGGGCUAAAAUCGUCAAGAAAUCUUGAGAUUUCGCAGCUGUCAGCCUAAACACGUAGCUUACAGUCCUGUAAUGUUAAUUGACAAUUACAGCAUCUAAGUGGACAGUUUUCAAAUUUUGCUCUUAUCUUAAUUUGGUCGUAAAGCGUAUUAUGUGAUUGAAAAAAGGCCGCCAUUUCACUUCUGUGAUGCCAGUGUCAAAAUAUAUUACAUCUGCUGAGAUAAGAAUUUAUUUUAUAUUUACCCUUUUCGUGAUUUCUUUUCAAUAAUGGAUGACCACGAAAUUUGAUGUGCUAAUUUUUGUUAUUUCUGCUCAAGACUUUGUGUUGAAAUUAUCUAAAUUGACAUCGUAAUUUUUUUUACAUCAUUGAACAUUGUUGGAAUGUUUUUGUGCUAGCGCUGAAGUCUAGUGUAUUAUGUCAGCAAUGGAGUCUCACAUUUUGUCUUGGGCUGGUUUUACUUUCGUUAUGUAAUGCCUAUCCAUAUUUUAAAUAGGUAAAUGAGCUGUUGAGCAUACCUAAUGCUCAGUAGCAGUGCGUUUGUUUUAUCUAGAGAACACAAAAGCUAAGCUAAGUCUGAUCCUUUUUGUUGUUGUUUUUUUUUUGUCCAAAUGAUUUGUGUUUACUUUUUGUACAUAUAUGAGCUGUCAGCGUAGACAAUGUAUAAUCUGGUUUUUGGUAUAUAGGUUGGCAUAUUGUAUUUUUAAAGGUUCCAUCUGUUCAUGAGCGUUUUCUGUUUUGCUAUUGCACAUAUCUAUUCGUUGCAAAACAUACUAGUAUGUUUUUACAUUUUCGUGCCCGAGGGGUUAAGAAGCUUACGCUUAAGGUAACCCCAGGCCUCCGCUGUUAGUGCCAAUACACAGUUGACAUUAUUCGCAUGAUCAUGUAGGUGGUCUUGCAUGGACCUCGCCAGACAUAACUUGCCUUCCAUUAGGAUGAUCUUGAAGUCACGUGUAAGAAAGUGUCAAAAGCCAGGUGGUUUAUGGCGUUCACUUCGAUUUUCUCCACUCAUGAAAUUGACUUCAGACCCUAAAAGCGAAAAUUCUUCAGCACGGCGUUAAUCCCAGAUCAGAUGAAUACAUGGAUCAUUGGCGUUCGUUCUCGGACACAGAUUUGUACCCUAUGUGUUUCUUGUAUCCAGGUUUGGGAAACACCAAAACUAGUCCAUUGUGCUAUUUAAAUCUUUAUGCAUACACACAAUAGUAAUACAUGUAAUUAUGCUGUGAAAAUUUGUUUUCCAAUGUGUAGUAUUACGUUGUACAUGUAGCGUUAUAGUGAUGUACACACAAUUCCAAGGCAAUGGUCAUUGUAUUCGCAUUAUACAUGGCAUCACUUGUUUGUGUCAAAAACAGAAGAUAUUUUCUGUCGGCUUUCACAAAUCGCAGCGAUUCUUUUGGUUCGUUUUGGGAUCAAACAUUUUACACCAUAGCUAUAUCAGUUGUAAAU